UUCUUCCCCGCCAUCUCUUCAUCUCUUCCUCUCAGUGAAAGCCAUGGCCUCACUCAGCCUUGCGGAGCGAAAAGCCUUCGACGACACCAAGGCUGGCGUUAAAGGCCUCGUGGACGCCGGCAUUACCGAAAUUCCUCAUUUCUUCCGCCACCCGCCUGGUGUUAUAGAAGUUCCUCAGCCGGCGUCUGCUGUCAAGGCAGAGAUUCCGGUCAUCGAUCUCGGCAUAAUCAACGGAGGCUCGAUGGGGCGGGACAAAGUGGUGGAGCUCGUGAGAAUGGCGUCGGAGACAUUUGGUUUCUUCCAGGUAGUGAAUCACGGGAUUCCUCCGGCUGUGCUGGACGAGAUGCUGGAAGGCGUCAGAAGAUUUAACGAGCAGGAGUUGGAGGCAAAGAUGAAACAUUACGUGCGCGAUCAGAAAAGUCCUGUGUUCUUUAAUAGUAAUUUCGAUCUGUACCAAUCUAAGGUGGCCAAUUGGAGGGACACUCUCUUCUGCACAAUCAAGCCGGAAGCCGCCGCCAGGCCGAAUGACAUUCCGGAAAUUUGCAGAGAUAUAAUUAUGGAAUACGGAAGUCACGUCCAAAGGUUAGGACAUCUUCUAUUUGAGCUGCUAUCAGAAGGACUUGGGCUGGAAACGCAACGUUUGAAUGAUUUGGAUUGCGGGGAAGGAUUGUCACUUUUGUGCCACUAUUAUCCACCAUGCCCUCAGCCAGAGUUGGCUAUUGGGAUAAGCAAACAUGCGGAUCCUGACUUCUUAACUGUUGUUCUUCAAGAUAGUAUUGGUGGAUUAGAAGUUCUUUAUGAGAAUCAGUGGGUUGAUGUCCCCCCAAUUCAUGGAGCUCUUGUUAUUAACAUUGGUGAUCUUGUACAGCUGAUCACUAAUGAAAAAUUCAAGAGCGUUGAACACAGAGUACGUACAAGCAAGAUCGGCCCGAGAGCCUCGGUUGCGUGUUUCUUCUCCACACACUACUGCCCAUCUGAGAGGACUUAUGCCCCAAUAAAAGAGUUAUUAUCAGCGACAGACCCUCCUAAAUACAAAGAAGUUAUUGUAAGUGAAUACGAGCAUUAUUCUAGAUCAAAAGGACUUGAUGGUAUAUCUGCAUUGGACAAAUUUAGAAUAUGAUCAGUUAUCAAAUAUGUGACCUAAAUGUGUGGUCAUGUGGAAACUUUAAUAAUGUUAUGAGAUUAUUAAUAAAUGAGUUGUGUCCUUUUAAUGGUAAGUCUGCAUUGGUCAAAUUUAGGUUUUGAGCAAUUAGCAGAUAUGUCAUUUAAAUGUGUGGUCUUGUGGAGACUUUAAUAAUGUUAUGAGAUUAUUAAUAUAUGAGUUGU